UCUGUGAAGAAUCAAUUUCCUCUGCUUUCUCCCAGUGCUAUCCAGAAACAACCAAUGAGAGGCAGGAGGCGGGUUUUAGGGCUGUCAGUCACAAUCUCAUGUGGCUGCUCCUCCUCCCUUCCCUUGCUCUGCAGCUAACGCAGCCUGUUGUGAAUGCUCAAUCUAGUUAGCAUAGCUAUGAAUGAUGGCAGUUAGACUAUUUUCCAGCAACGAUAAGUUGUUUCUCUGCCAUUAGCACAUUUAGUAGCAAGUGAAUGAAGUUGAUUGACAGCACUAAGACCCUCCUCCUGGUUGUGAUUGGUUGUUUUUGGCCAGAACAUAACCAGUAAUAGUAAUUCAGGGAGGAGGUGGAGGAGAUUGAUUGUAUUCACAGAUGAUCUGUCUCAUAACAAACUGUCACGACAUGGUAACUUACCUUAAGUUUGCUUAACUUAAGUUAACUUAGCUUAAGCUAAGUUAAAAAAAACUAACAAAAAACGAUUAAAUCCAGCGAACCGGGUCAGAACCGUUUCAAACCCGUUAAAAAGGAAACCCUGGCAUUGCUGUUGCUAUGGUAACAGCUCCUCCCCACACAUGUUGCUGCACACCAUCAGUCAGCUGGCUUAAAGAAUCCGUCGCCAUGACAACAACUUUUGACUAUUUCAUUUGCACAAAAACCAGAAAUCAUAACAAUGAUUUACCGGCAGAAGCAUCUGCUCCAACACACCUGAGUCAAAUGAAGGGCUGUUAGCAGGUCAGUUCAGAGCUGAUCCUGGUCUGUGGGAGUCAGGAUGCAUCUAAAUGUUGCAGGACGGUAGGACUGGACCUGAGCACCCUUGGUUUAGUAUUAUUGUUUAGCUGUUAGCAGCUAACGCUAGCCAAAAAGGCGUAGCAAGAGGUGUCGGGUGGUUAACCGAACAUUAAAACUGUAAUAAAAAAUCUGAAGGCCAUUUGAGUAAACAUUAUUUAGCUGCGGAGUCGUUUUCUCGACGUUUUUGGCUUUAGACGGCAUGAUGGGGAAAGUGGCUGUGCUGGCCCGGUGGCUUGAUCUAUUGCGAUCAAAGCUAACCCAAAAUGUUUCUGUCUUUACACACUAAAUAAUGACAUAGUGGCUGCUUUUUUAUUCUUCAUUAGUACAUCAUGUUGGUGACUGAAGCCUGUUAUGGCGACUUCUACACAUUUCUUCAGAAAUAACUUUUAAUGUUGUCCAGAAUGUUGCUGUAAGCUGGCUGAUUUCUAGAAUACCCAAUGACUAUGUGGUACUUAAUGUCUGAGUUACCUACUGUAAAUUUCUUGUGUCUUAGCAGAUGUCGUGAUAUGUCCCAGUGAGGCUUCCGUAGCCUGGGGGCAGACUGAUGAGCAUGCGCUGUACAUCUAGUAGUUGUCAGUCACACAGAGUUCUACAAGCUGCAAACGGGUCUAUGUGGAGUUCUUCAUAAAGAUAACCGUUCACGACAGCAGAUAAGUAGCAUUUCAAAAGCGCUUAUGAUAUAUAAACAAUUGGUGUUAAGACAUUUCAAAAAAAGCGGAAGAAAUCCUAUGUUUUUUUCAACAAUAACAAUAUUUGUUGUCAAGCUGUUGCUAAGAGACGAGUGUGUUUUCUGGUAACGAAGUGAAAAAAAGUAAAUCUCUGAUUUUAACUUUUGAAAAAAAUUUACCUACUGUAAAUUUCUUGUGUCUGAGCAGAUAAGUAGUAUUUCAAAAACACUUAUGAUUUAUAAACAAUUAGAGUGUUGAGACAUUUCAAAAAGAGCGGAAGAAAUGCUAUGUUUUUUGAACAACAACAACACUUGUUGUUAAGCUGUUGCUAAGAGACGAGCAUGUUUUCUACAAGGGAAUUUCACAAAACGGGGCAACAUACGAAUAAGACCGUCCCAUACAGCUGGCAUGGCUCGACUCAGGGAUGAUUGUAAAAUACCCGACCUGUCAGCCAACUCGCGCUGGAAUGUUCCGGUUGCAAGAAAUCCUAGGGUAGAGAGAGAACUUGAACCGGAACCGGCAGUGCACAGUUCCUUCUAGUUUCCCUCUGUAACGCGGGGGGUCAGUUCCAAGCACAGCUCCGAUAAAAUUGCCCUGGGUCUUCAUGUGCCAUCAGGUCAGUGCGAUCUCUGAACACACGCUCCCUCCGAAUCCUUCUGCUGGCGAUGUCCUCCAGAAGUGAAAAAGCUGCCACCUUCGACAAUUACGCACACCUUUGCGCAGCUAUUUAUGCACACGCGUGAUUGCCAACAACUUGUCCACUUCAAGAAUAAUCAAGCCUGACCUGUUUGGAGGAAAGGACGGCUGAUCCAACCCUAUUUUCUUCCUCUGUGAGAACGAAAGGAAACAAUAUGCAUUUUCUGUGCUUCGGCGCACAGACCGAUGCGCAGUUAAAUCUUUAUGUGACAAAAACUGAGGAUAUUUACUAUUUACAUUCGAGUGAGGUUUUCCCGGUCCUCUGUUUUUUGUGCAGUAGAUUAUUUUCUGAGGAGAAAUUUGGUUUGGUUGUAUAGUUUGCGUUUUAAUUAAUAAAACAAUACAAUCAUGACAUUGGAUUCAAUGCUCCUUUGUAUGGAGUCAGAUUUCAGUGUAUUUAGUUGAGUUUUGACGCUUUGUAGUUUGAUAUUGUCCACAGAGAAAGCUUGCGUGGCUGCCGCACAUUUUCACGCCAGCGACAAAGAUUGCGUAUAUUUACGCAAAGUUAAAUUUGAGAAAAUCCUGUUUUUUGAACAAUAACAAUAUCUGUUAAGCUGUUGCUAAGAGACGAGCAUGUUUUCUUGUAACGACUUGAAACGAAAUAUACAUUUGAUUUUUACUUUUGUAAAAAUUUACCUACUGUAAAUUUCUUGUGUCUGAGCAGAUAAGCAAUAUUUCCAAAGCGCUUAUGAUUUAUAAACAAUUAUAGUGUUAAGACACUUCAAAAGAGCAGAAGGAAUCCUAUGUUUUUUGAACAAUAACAUUUGGUGUUAAGCUGUUGCUAAGAGAUGAGCGCGUUUCCUGGUAAAAGAGUGAAGUAAACAUCUGGUUUUUACUUUUGCAAAAUUUUAUAUAAUAUAUACAAUAUAGGAAAUAGCGCCCCCUUCACUUUCGGAGUGCAAUGGCCCCAUUUCCAAAUAAGGUAUGAGACUACCAGAGGUCUGUCCCCGCCCCUUUCUGUUAGCUGCAGCGAGGUCCUCCUGGCUCCCUCUGGUGGAUGACUGGAAAAGGUGCGGGAAAAGAAACAAACCCCACAGAAAACCAAAAACCCCUCGCUUCCUAACAUACAUGUCCCCAGCAUUGCAGUAUCAACAAAGGUUGCCCGAUCAGAUUCUGAGCACCUAAUUGUAGUUUGUAAGUAGUUGACAAGGAGUAAUUUUUCUUAAAAACAGUAAAAAUUAAAUUAUGGGCAUAAAAAUAGUACUUGUUGUGAGUAAGCUGAAAACAUAACAAUGAAUGUCAAAUUAUAAUACAAAAUUCUAAUUUUCAAAAAUUAAUUUUGAAUUUAAAGUGUAUUGAUUGAGCUGCAGAUGCACUGUGCACACAAACCACGACAGGUACAAACAAAAACUUAAAACCAAAGAAGUGUCAGCACUUAAAAGUCACAAGUUCUGUUUCUUUUUCGUCAGAUUGAUCAUUUUUAAACAGGCUUAAUUAUGUUUUUCUUGUGUCAGAUUUUAAACUUUUCUCAAGUGCUGUAAGUUGCAUCUGGUUUUGAACUCUUGUUGUUGAAAUGUGCUAUACAAAUACACUUGAUUGACCAAUAACCCAAUCAACUUUUGUGUUAUCAAUCCAAUGCCGUCAAAACUGAUGGUGAUUAUGUCACUGAUGUGUUUGAAGAAGCUCUUCCAGGUACCGACAUCCUGGCGUCGGGAGAAAAACUACACCAGCUGGAGUCCCAGCCACUUAUUUCUCUUGACCUGGAUGGUCUCUCAAAUUUGCAGCUGGUACCAUCCAAAUUUGGGCCUGUGCCACAGGGCUCAUUGAUAUCUUACCUGCGCCCACCUGAGAAUGAUGCUACGGUAGCAUCAUUCUGCACCACAUGGCUCCUGUCUUCCCCUAUCUUCCUUCGACGCUGUGUAGUCUUCCGAACAUGUGUUCUGUGCCCACACUUGGUCAACUUAUGCGUCUUCAAGUGUCACUGGAAAUGUCUCGUGAAAUAGAGGCCAGAACCAAGGAGCAGCCCAGAUGUCCUGCGUGGGCACAGCUUCGACAACCAGGACUUACAGCUAACUGUUUCAGUGAAUCUGACAGAGGAGGCGUCUGCUGCCACAGCACUGGCAGCUCGGAUGAUCUGCCGCCCUGAAGACUGGCCUGCAGAUGGAGUCGGAGAUGCUGGCAAACUACACUGAGAUGUUGGGGGUCAACGUGUGGGACUGCGGGAUUCAUUGUUCGCCUUGACACAUCGUGUAUUGGCGCAACUCCAGCUGGCAGGGUGUAUGACCCAUCAGAACCACCCCCGUUUGGACUGGUGGAGGUAAAAAUCAGUGUGAAGAAGGACGUGCCUCAGAUUGCUCACCUCAAGAUUCAGGAUGGCUAAGCGAUUCUGAGGCGUUCACACGCAUAUAUGAUAUAUACAAGGUCAGCUGGCAGUCACUGGACUGGAAUGGUGCGGCUUUGUCACUGACACACUUACAACAAUAACUGCUGAGCUGCUGUGGCGUGAUGAGUCUUUCAGUGCUCAGAUGAAAUCUAAACUGGACAUGUUUUACUUCAACAUAUUCAUCAAUGUGAUUAUGUCAAUGUAAGAAUUAUAAAAUAUAUAACUUACUUUUUUGUUCCUCUGCAUUAUGAAUAUUCAGACUGCCAGCUUAGUGAAUCACUGUAAAUAGUGUAAAUUGUUUACAAUUUACAUUAUUUACAAGAACUCGACACUUAUGAAAACUUAUGAAAAACACAUAAAUGUGCCAAUUUCUUUAAAAUGAAAUUGUAUAAUUUUGGGGAAAAAUCAGUUAUUUUCCUGACUGUUACUGUCUUGGAACUUAUGUUUUAAAAAUGCUUUUUGAUAAGGUUGUCUUAAAUAUUUGCAACUAUUCUUGUUUUGCAGCAUAAUUGAUAUCAGUUUAUAGCGUGCAGUCAUAAAAUGUUAACUUAAAUAGUUAUGGAGUUUUUUUUGUUUGUACCAGAUAUUGUAAAUUGACUUGACUUGUGCUAUAUAAAUAAAUCUGACUGAUGGAACUGUCAUGUUUUUCUUCCCCAGUCACAUCUCCUACGAAUAGGAUUAUCCAUAUCUCCUGUUCUCAUGAUGGAGCGGCACUCCAUUGGAAUCUUCUGGAGGCAAACUGAGGCACAAGUAGGAGAACCAGACCAUGACUCUGCUACCCAGCAGACCCACACACAGGACAUCGAUGCUGUUCUGAGAAAGAUGGCUGCCUGGUUGGCUGGAUUGAAGGUGGAGGUGAAGCACUUACAGAGAGAAAAUGAAGCAAAGACAAAAGAGCUGUAUUCACUCAACCAACAGUACCAAGCACAGGAAAGACAGAUGAAAGAACUGCGGCAACAGAACCAAGUGCAGGCAACAGAACUGGCUACUGUUAAAGCCAAGGCAAGCUUCACCGAAAACAGAGUGGAAGCUCAGGCAGCAGAACUGGCUACUGUUCAGGCCAAGGUAGACAAUGCUGAAAACCAAGUGGAGGCUCUGAAGAGAGAGGGAGAAGCAAAACGUCUGGCUUUCUCUGCCUCUUUUUUGGCAUUGACUCCAGGAGACUUUGGACCAUUCAACACACACACAACUCUGGUCUUCAGACAUGUUGUUGCUAAUAUUGGAAGUGCCUACAACCCACAUACAGGGCUGUUCACUGCACCAGUGAGAGGAGCGUAUCACUUUGAGUUCUACAUAUAUGGACAUGGUUCUUCAAACCCUACAUCUGCUGUGCUGGUCAAGAACGGAGAGCAGAUCUUCACAGCAUGGUCAACUCAGCCUGCAGGUGGACAGAAGACUUCUAAUGGUGUCACGCUGCUGUUAGAUGUUGGAGAUGUUGUAUUUUUGCGCAUGUGGGCUAAUUCAAGAAUUCAUGACAAUCCAGAUCGUCACAAUACUUUUAGUGGUCAUCUGCUUUUCACCAUGUAGGCAUCUAGCAGGAUUUUUAUCAUGAUGUGUAAUGGGAACAAGGUCCAACUCACUAUAUAAUUGAUAUAUGUUAUUCCUAAUUUUCUGUGUAUAUUGAGAAGUUGGAAAAGUACAUUAACAGGAGUAUAUUUAUGUGAUGUGUUCAUGUGUGUUAAUUAAUUAUAUUUACGUUUUUGUAGUGUGCAUUUACAAAAACGUAAAAACUGCAUUCAGGAUGGCUACAGUUUCUCAACUUGUUUUUAAAUGAUUGUUUAUAUCACCUCUACCUCUUCUUCUUAAUGGCAAUAAAGAGUUCAUUGAA